AUGUCGUCGUUUGGCUCAUACAACUUUGGGGUCGAGUUAGAGCUCAUUGCGGAGCCAAAACGAGUACGGCACCCUCUACUUCGUGCUGUCUACUACGAAGAGCUGGCAACAUCAUUGAGAUACGAUGGCGCGGCAGCAGAAGCAGACAAGCUCAACCAGCGAUACCGAAAGCGUCCAGAGCACUACGAUAAGUGGUGGAUUACAAAGGAUGGAUCGUUGGGAGAUCCUGAGCAUCCGUGCAUUCCCCUGGAGGCUGUCUCAUCUAUACUCUCCACUGACUACACAUGGGAGAACGAUGUGGACACUUUCUGGAACGCUUGGGACCGUGUGUUCCAUAUGCCAGAGUCAUCCAUUGCUUGCGGUAGCCAUGUCCACGUAUCGCCAUCACCAGAGAUGGAAUUCGACCUGAGCCAACUUCGUAAUAUUGCCUUUGGUGUCGUCUACUAUGAGCCGCUGGUCAUUCGCUUGCUUCCAUCCCAUCGUCAGAACAGGAAGUACUGCAGGCCUAACACGCUGCGAUCCGGACCACUAUAUGACCUCAUGUCAAGUUUCCACGAGGAAGCAGCACUCAGAGAGCUAUGGGAUGCGCUCAAUGAUGACAUUGACGAAGAAGACAUCAGAGACCUUAUGCAGUCUGGCCCAGAGCCGAAAGAUGAGAGAUAUGUUCUCUGGAACUUUGACAACAUCUUUGGGAAUCGUUCUGGCAGCAUCGAAUUUCGAGGAGCGCCAGGUUUGAGAGGCCCUGUUAAGACGAAGAGGUGGAUAUCCUUUGUUGUCGCUUUCAUCCAUAUGUGCACGAAUCUGGAUGCCGCAUCAUGGAGCUACUUCACAAGGCCAAGUAUGGAUAGGUUCUGGAGGGACUUGCGUAGGUCUGCGCAGGCAGUCAGUGUUAAAGAGAACCUUCCAUCGGACUGGAGAGUCAUGGCAGGGUUGGUCAGCGGUAGGUCCUACGAAGAAUCUGCUGUUGAUAACUUCAGCGAUUCAGGCUAUGGUGAUGACUCAUCUAUCAUGGGCAAGUCGGACUCUGAAUAUUCCGACUCUGAGUACAGUGACGGAGAAUAUGAAGCCCUGCAGCAGGAGUUAAUCCGGGAGAGGGAGCAUCGUUGCACAAUUCUUUAG